AUGUUUGACUGGAGGGGAAUUCUGAAGAGAGGCGAGAGACAGAGACCACACCCACACACUUAUCGCCAGAGCACCACCACCUCGACAAUGGCCGCCGCUUUCUCCUCCUCCUCGUCGCCAUCCGCCCACCACCCAUUCCCUUUCCCGGCCCGUCCAAACCCGCCCACAGCCCACCGCUUCCGCCUUGGCAUCCGCCUGGCCGCCUCCUCCAGGUGGGUGAGCCGCGGCAGGGCCCCGCCGGAGCGCGGCGCCGGCGCGGGCAACUCCAUAUGGGUCAACCCGGCCGCCCCGUCCCGCCCCGGCCAGGCGGGCCAGAAGCUCCGCCGCCUGGUCCAGCUCGGGGACCUGGACUCCGCGCUCCGCCUCCUCGGCGCCUCCCCGCCCGCCUCCGCCGACCCGCCGGCCGUCGUCGCCUGCAACAUCCUCAUCAAGAAGCUCUGCGCGCAGCGCCGCCUCGCCGACGCGGAGCGCGUGCUCGACGCGCUCAAGGCGGCCGGCGCGGCGGACCCCGUCUCCCACAACACCCUCGUCGCCGGCUACUGCCGCGACGGCCGGCUGGCGGACGCCGAGCGCGCCCUCGCGGCGGCGGCCCUCUCCGGGGCCGCCAACGUCGUCACCUACACCACGCUCAUCAACGGCUACUGCCGCUCCGGCAGGCUCGCCGACGCGCUCGCCCUCAUCGCCUCCAUGCCCGUCGCGCCGGACACCUACACCUACAACACCGUGCUCAUGGGCCUCUGCGGCGCCCGGCAGUGGGGGGACGCCGAGGAGCUCAUGGCGGAGAUGGUCAGGAACCAUUGCCCUCCCAACGAGGUGACGUUCGCCACGCAGAUCCGCGCUUUCUGCCAGAACGGGCUGCUCGACCGCGCCCUUCAGCUGCUCGACCGGAUGCCCGGGUACGGAUGCACGCCCGAUGUUGUCAUUUACAGCACCCUGGUGAACGGGUUCUCGGAGCAAGGGCGUGUGGACGAUGCCAUCGAGCUGCUCAACGGCAUGCUGUGCAAGCCCAACACUGUUUGUUACAAUGCCGCGCUGAAAGGUUUGUGCAUCGCUCAGCGUUGGGAGGAUGUCGGAGGGCUGAUUGCUGACAUGGUUACGAAAGACUGCCUGCCGAAUGAAGCGACAUUCAGCAUGCUAACCAGUUGCUUGUGCCAGAAUGGGCUGGUUGACUGUGCAAUGGAUGUUCUUGAGCACAUGCACAAGUAUGGAUGCAGACCCGAUGUUGUCAUUUACAACACGCUGAUCUAUUCCUUUUCGGAACAAGGGCGUGUGGAGGACGCGCUCAAGUUACUAAACAGCAUGCCAUGCAGUCCUGACGUCAUUAGCUUUAAUGCCGCGUUGAAGGGUUUAUGCAGAGCUGAGCGAUGGGAUGAUGCUGAGGAUCUUAUAGGGAAGAUGCUUAGGGAGGAUUGUCCCCUAAUUGAAAUGACUUUCAAUAUACUCAUUGAUUCAUUGUGCCAGAGCGGCCGGGUAAACUACGCAAUUGAAGUGUUUGAGCAAAUGCCAAACUUUGGAUGUACACCUGAUAUUGUCACAUACAGUAGCCUUAUCAAUGGCCUUUCUGAACAAGGGCUUGUCGAAUCAGCCAUUGAGUUGUUUCGAAGCAUGCCAUGCAAGCCUGAUAUCUUUGGCUACAAUGCUGUGCUGAAGGGUUUGUGCAAAGCUGCGCGAUGGGAGGAUGCUGGGGAGCUUAUAUCUAAGAUGGCUAGAAAGGAUUGCCCCCCAAAUGAAAUCACAUUCAAUAUACUAAUCAAUUCCCUGUGCCAGAAAGGGCUUGUUGAUCGUGCAAUUGAGGUGUUCGAGCAAAUGCCAAAGUACGGAAGUACACCUGAUAUUUUCACAUACAAUGCCCUUAUCAAUGGCUUUUCUGAACAAGGCCGUCUGGAUGAUGCCCGCAAGAUAUUAAGCACUAUGUCAUGCAAGCCUGAUGCCGUUUCCUAUAAUUCUGCAUUGAAGGGUUUAUGCAGAGCUGAACGAUGGAAGGAAGCAGAGGAGGUUGUCGCUGAGAUGCUUAGAAAGAAGUGCCCUCCAAAUGAAGUAACAUUCAAGUAUGCUAAUCGAUUAUUUAUACCAAACAGGGUAACUUGA